AUGAGCCCACCCCGGCAGCAGGUGCUGGCCGCCAUCCGGGCGGAGGUGAAGCGGCACGAAGGGGCCAAGAAACACGUGAAUAAGUUGAUUCGGUUGGUGGAGACGGUGCCGGAUCCGCGGCUCCGGGCCAGCCUCACCGCGUCCCUCUGCGUGGUGCAAGAGGCCUUGGUGAACAGCCAGGAAUGGACCCUGGGCCGCUCCGUCCCCGAGAUCCGCCUGGGCGUCCUGGGCAGCAGCAAGAGCGGGAAGUCGGCGCUCGUCCACCGCUUCCUCACCGGCUCCUACGUGGGCCUGGAGCCCACCGAGAGUGGUCAGUUCAAGCGUGAGGUGAUGGUCGAUGGCCAGAGCCACCUCCUGCUCAUCCGGGAGGAAGGAGGCGCCCCGGACGCCAAGUUUGCCAGCUGGGCAGACGCCGUCAUCUUCGUCUUCAGCCUGGAGAACGAGAGCAGCUUUGAGGAGGUGACGCAGCUGCACGCGUUGCUCAGCGGCUACCGGGGCGCCGGCGAGGUGGCCCUGGCGCUGGUGGGCACCCAGGACAAGAUCAGCUCCUCCAACCCCCGGGUGAUCGAGGACGCCCGUGCCCAGGCGCUCUGCGGGGACAUGAAGAGGUGCCUCUACUACGAGACCUGUGCCACGUACGGCCUCAACGCUCUCGGCGCAGUCGCCCAGAAGGUCGUGGCGCUGAAGAAGCAGCAGCAGCUCAUGGCAUCCUGCAAGUCUCUGCCCAGCACCCCCCAAGUUUCGGCCCAGCCCCCCAGCCACUCAGCUGCAUCCACCCCUGUCGGGGGCAUCCACCCCGGCCAGGCCAGCAAUGGUGGCCACACCAGUGACUACUCGUCCUCGCUGCCAUCCACCCCCAACGUCAGCCACCGGGAGCUGCGGAGCGAGACCCCGGCCCCCCUGGGCACCCCCAGCUCCCUGCACCGCGGGGCCAAGCGCCGCACCAGCCUCUUCGCUGUGAGUGCGCCGGGACCCCCGCGGCGGCAGGGGGGGGCGGGGGGGACCCAGGGGGUGUCCCCAGCCGUCCCCUCCCUGUCCCCCUCACCGUCCCUUCGUCCCCAGAGCUUCCUGCUGAAGCGCAGCGGCAACUCCCUCAACAAGGAGUGGAAGAAGAAGUACGUGACCUUGUCCAGCAAUGGGCUCCUCUUCUACCACCCCAGCAUCAAUGACUACAUCCACAGCACCCACGGGAAGGAGAUGGACCUUCUCCGUACCACUGUCAAGGUCCCCGGCAAGCGCCCGCCCCGCGCCAUCUCUGCCUGCGGCCCCUCCGCCAGCAUCAAUGGGCUGGUGAAGGACGUGGGCGGCGGGACGGCACCCGAGGGUGGUGCCGGCGCCUCCCCCGUGGGGCUCAGCCUCCCCCCGGAGCCGGGGAUGAAGGGCACAGGCAAGGCUGAGCGGUCCCUGCAGCGCUGCGCCUCCGCCUCCAGCGCCAAGCUGUCUGGCUCCGGCCACAAUGAACCUGGUGGCCCUGCUGAGCCCAGUGGCCCCAGUGACCCUGGUGGAUUUGGUGACCCUGGUGGCUCCAAUGGUCCUGGUGACCCUCGUGACCUGGUGGCCCCAGUGAUCCUGGUGAGACCAAUGGACUUGGUGGCCCUGGUGGUCCUAGUGACCACAGUGAACCCAGUGGCCCUUGUGAGCCCGGUGGCCCCGGUGAGCCCCAUGGCUCUGGUGGACUUGGUCACCCUGGUGGCUCCAAUGGCCCUGGUGAGCCCACUGGUCCUUGUGAUGCUGGUGGCCCCAGUGACCCUGGUGGCCCCAGUGAUCCUAAUGAAUGGCCCCCCCGCCUUCGAGGCCAUAUCCAGCCCCAGCAGCUCAGGCAAAGACCCGCCGCCGUCGCCCAUGAUCGACAGGAAGAAGCACCGACGGAAGAAGCUGAUGACGCCGUCCAAGACGGAGGGCUCGGCCGGGCAGGCGGAAGGUGAGAGCCGCAGGGACGGUGCCCCGAGCGAAGCCGUGGCCAUCCAGGCCAUCCGCAACGCCCGGGGCAACUCGCUCUGCGUGGACUGCGGGGCGCCCAACCCCACCUGGGCCAGCCUGAACCUGGGGGCCUUGAUCUGCAUCGAGUGCUCGGGGAUCCACCGCAACCUGGGCACCCACCUGUCCCGCGUGCGCUCCCUCGACCUGGACGACUGGCCCCGGGAGCUCACGCUGGUGCUGACGUCCAUCGGCAACGCCACCGCCAACAGCAUCUGGGAGAAGAACCCGCAGGGCCGCUGCAAGCCUACCCACGAGUCGUCCCGGGAGGAGCGGGAGUCGUGGAUCCGGGCCAAGUACGAGCAGCGGCUCUUCCCGCCGCGGCCGGCGGCCGAGGCGCCGCUGGGGGAGCAGCUCUUCCACGCGGUGCAGGAGAAGGACCUGGAGACGGUGCUGCUGCUCCUGGCCCACAGCAAGAAGGAGCAGCUCAAUGUCAGCACCGGCGACAAGGACCGGCGCACGGCGCUGCACUGUGGGGCACAUGGAAUGCUGACUUGUCGGCUGUUCCCACAGUACGGCGCGGACGUUCGGGCGCGGGACGGGCAGGGCCGCACAGCGCUCUUCUACGCCCGCCGCGCCGGCAGCCAGGAGUGCGCCGACAUCCUGCUGUCAGAGAUCGAGCCACCAGCCACACUGUCCCUUCCUUUCCACCACGGUAGAGCUCCCACCAACGGCCAGAAGGUCCCAACAGUGUCACCAGCUCAGAGCUGUCACCGCCAGCCACGCAGGCCCUUCCUCGCCACAGGCUCAGAGCUCCCUCCUCCGACCACGCUGUCCUGUCCUUAA